UGUCUCGAUCUCGUUGACGUUUCUAAAAUAUUUUAGCUGACGUAGACAGAAGUUAGCUUAAUAUUUUUUGCUAGAAUUUUAAGCUGUAAUUGCUAUCAUGUCUAGUAGACCAACCAAGCCGGGUAGAAGUGAAGGGGCCGAUUUUGAAAGGGAACAGUUACUGGACGCUGUGUCUAAUGACAGCGACGAAGAUUUUGUGUUACGUAACAAAGUUGGGGAAAGUUCAUCAGAUAACAAACUACGAGAUGUUAAAUCUCAGGUGGAAGAAGUCACCAAUGUUAUGAAAGAAAAUGUGCAUAAAUUGUUUGCCAGAGGAGACCAGUUAGAUGAUCUUAAUGAGAGGUCUGAAAACCUAAGGAGUGCUUCCGAUGAAUUUCAUUCUGCCUCAUCAAGAUUACGUAAAACUAUGUGGUGGAAAGAAAUGAGAACUCGACUCGCCCUAGGAUCACUGUGCAUCCUGGUUGUGCUGGUUAUGAUAAUAUGGCUAGCAGUCAAGUACCAUUGAUUCAAGAACAAGAAGACUACAUGAUAAAAAGCAUAUAAAAUUUAUCGGAUUAGGCCAGACAUUUCUAUUUUUCUUGUCGUGUUUAAAAGAUUCGUCAGCAGUAUUACCACGUUCAUGAGACCAAUUCAGGGGUGUUGAAGGUCGUGCAAGAUAGUCAGCUGAAUGAAUGAUAGUUUAACGUUCAUAAUAUUACUAAACCAUUUAUCGUUUUGUCAAACCAAGUGAGAUUCAUGUUUAUUCGGAAAAAAUUAAAUUACGCGAUUAAGGAUUGAACACUUCCCAUUGUAUUUCACCUUUCAUGAAGUAUAAAAUGAUGAAUACAGAACUGAUGGUAUUCCAUCCAUGUCCGUG